AUGACAUGCCACAAUGCUGCUGAAAAUGGCCACUUGGAAUGUCUCAAAUAUGCCCAUGAAAAUGGCUGUCCAUGGGAUAAAAUCACUUGCCAACUUGCUGCCAAGAAUGGCCACUUGGAAUGUCUCAAAUAUGCCCAUGAAAAUGGAUGUCCAUGGGACCAAAGAACUUGCCGAAAAGCCGCAGAGAAUGGACAUUUAGAAUGUCUCAAAUAUGCCCAUGAAAAUUGGUGUACGUGGAAUAUCAAUACAUGCCACGUUGCUGCUCAGAAUGGCCAUUUGGAAAGCCUGAAAUAUGCACAUGAGAGUGGCUGUCCAUGGGACGGAAUCACUUGCCAACUUGCUGCAGAAGUCAGUUGGAAUGUAUCAAAUAUGCCCAUGAAAAUCGUUGUCCAUGGAAUAGCAAUACAUGCGGCUAUGCUGCUCAGAAUGGCAUUUGGAUGUGCAAAAUAUGCCCAUGAUAAUGUGUGUGGAAGCAUGAACAUGCCACCUUGCCUGAAUGGCCAUUUGGAAUGUCUCAAGUAUGCCCAUGAAGAGGGCUGUCCAUGGGAUGAACGUACUUGCUCCUCUGCUGCCGGACAUGGUCAUUUGGAAAUUCUGAAAUAUGCCCAUAAAAAUGGGUGUCCUUGGGACAAAACUACCUCCAGUGGGGCUGCCUACCAUGGCCAUUUGGAUAUCCUAAUAUAUGCCAGUGAAAACAGCUGUCCAUGGGAUGAAGGCACCUGUAGCAAUGCAGCCAAAAAAGGUCACUUAGAUUGUCUGAAGCAUGCACAUGAGCAUGGAUGUGGGUGGGAUGCAAGCACAUGUGUUGAAGCUGCUGUGUAUGGCCAUUUGGUCUGCCUCAAGUAUGCCCAUGAAAAUGGAUGCCCAUGGGAUGAAGAUGUGUCUUUCUUUGCAGCUCAAAAAGGCCAUUUGGAAUGCCUCAAAUAUGCCCAUGAAAAUGGCUGUCCAUGGGAGGUAGAUGCUUUGCUGGAGGAUGGCACUUCAGAGGUUAAGGCUUGGGUUCAACACACCAUAUCUCAGCAGAAUGAGUGAAUUUCCUGUAGUUGAAGUUACUAGCUAGAAGUACCAUUAGUUGCUUCAAGGCUGAGGGGUUUGUCUCCCGAAGCAUACCCCCAGUACGCUGUGAUAGUUCCCAUAGGCUGCAUUGUCUACUGUAGAAAAUUUUGGUACGAGUUGCAAGAGAAGGCAAUGCUGAUGACAUCUUGUGUAGCUAAUCAGGCAUCAGAUUUAAAGAUACAUGUACAGUCGUUUUAUAUGAAAAGUGGCAU